AUGGUUUUUAUAAUUAUCCACGAGCAUGUAUUUACACUUGAACAAGAAGAAUAUAUGACAGAAGAAAUAACUUGGUCAUUUAUUCAAUUUUAUGAUAAUCAACCAUGUAUUGAUUUAAUUGAAAGUAGAUUAGGAAUAUUAAAUUUAUUAGAUGAAGAAUGCAAACUUGAAAUUGUUGUUCAGCUAUUUCUGAAAGAAGAUGAUACAACAAAUGGUUCGAAAACAUUAACAUCAAAUAAAUCUUAUCAAGUACAAAAAACAGAAACAUUACAAAGGUCAUCGAAAGUUCAAGCACAAAGAAAGAAAACUGUUGGAUAUCAAUUCCGUGAAUCAUUAACAAGUUUAAUGGCAGCAUUAAAUCUCACUGAACCUCAUUAUGUUUGUUGUAUAAAACCUAAUGAUAAAAAAGCUCCAUUUACAAAUACAAAAAUAUUUUUUCGUGCUGGACAAGUUGCUUAUUUAGAAAAAUUACGUUCCGAAAAACUUCGUGCUUGUAUUAUUAAAAUUCAAACAAUAUAUCAUGUUUAUUAUGCUGGUAAACGUUAUCUUAAAAUUCGACGUACAACAAUUGCACUUCAAACAUUAUCUCGAAGAUAUUUAGCAAGAAAAUAUGCUCAACAAAUUCGUCUUACACGUGCUGUUACUUUAUUUCAAUCCUUAUGA